AUGAGGGAGGGCGGCGAGCCCGAGGGGCUGGCGCUGGAGCUGGAGCUGGAGCUGGAGCGGGAGCGGGGCAAGAAGCAGAUGCUUGAAAACUCAAUAUUUGAAUUGAGAAACACAGUAAAAGAACUGGAAAAGAGACUUAGCAGUGUUCAAGAUGAAGGUAAUGAAUGGAAAACCAGAUACGAGAUGCAAGUAGAAUUGAAUAGACAGCUGGAAAGGCAAAUUAGUAUACUAAAAGACAAAAUGAAGCUUAUUCGUGGAAACCCAACAGACAAAUUGUCCAUUGUUCGUAUCUUUGAUCAAAUGCCUGUGGGUUCCUUGAAGGAGGUUCUUAAACAACUAGAAGAAGAGAAGAAAAGUCUUCAGAAUCAGCUAAAAGAUUAUGAACUUAGACUGGAACAAGAGGCUAAGGCUUAUCACAAAGCUAAUGAUGAGCGGCGCAUGUACCUCUCAGAGAUCUUACAGACUUCAUCUACACUUAAAAUUGUUGAAAGGCAAAAAACAGAUGCUCUGACAGGCCAGGGAGAAAGCCAGAUACUGAGAGGGAGAUGCAGCAUUCCACGAAACCUGAAGAUGUUUAAUCCCCAAAAAGGACUGAUUAAAAGGACUGUAGGAGUGAAGCAGCUUCCAAAACUAAAUCACUGAUUUAAUAUACAUGCAAAGAAUUCCAAUCACGUUUCUUCUUCUUCUUUUUCUUUUCUUUUUUUUUUUACUGAAAAUUUCUAAAUUCAAAAUGAAUGUAUUUGUGCCGCAUUAUACCGAGCCCAGACCAGCACAUCUUCUUGGCAGCCUUAGUGUAAGUGUUCCUCUUUGCCUGAUGGAAUUGUUCUUCUAGUUACCAUCCUUGUUCUGGUGAGCUCUGACCUUUUCCAUUCUGGUUCUCAUCAGUGAUUCUGGGCAUCAGGGAAUUGGGAGCCUUGGAGGACAUUUCAUUUGUUUAUAUCCAAUGUAGAUCCUUGAACUCUGACUGCACAAUAACUUGAAAAUAAAUAAGCCUUUAACAUUUUUGACCUCUCAACCAAGAAGAAAAAAAAAAGGCAGUGAUUUAAUCUGAAAUGUAAUCUCUCUACCCAAAUAGUGAAUCACAGAGAAAAUUCCAUCCAAGGGCAUCCCCCCUUGAUGUAGCAGCACAGACAGCCUCUCAAGUAGCUUGGUAUUGGUACAGCUGAACACACCUUUCAUUUGGCUUUUAAAAAGACCAAAGUUUAUUAUCCAGUCUGAUUUCUUACAUGACACCGUACAGUAGAGUUCUUUUACAAUAUCAAAUUGUUUUUUGUUCCAUGAACUUUACUGCUCCAACAGAGAGAUGAAACACCUCCAAAUUUAACUUUUUAAAAAGCUGCCAUGCCAUAGAUCCCAUGUUUACCACUACCUUUCCUUUGCAUGGUUUAGAAGCAUGCCUCCAUAUCCAGAUCUUUAGGCACUAGUUAUGGGGAGAAAUGAAAGAAAAAAUGAACAUUUUUUUAUUAAGGAUUCUUUAGAGCCUAUCUUGUGGAGGGCUGUUCCUUUUAAACACUACAUACAUUUUAUGUUUCCUGAUAUGCUAUGCUGCUAAAUGGGAAUUUGAAUUCUCAGAUUAAUUUUUGUAUCCACAGCCUGGGUUCCAUCAAAAUCUCUAUGUAUUCUUCAGUGGCACUGAUCCAUGUAUUUUUAGGGUCCAUAAUAUUGCCAGUCUUUAAAGUUGAUCUCUUCAAUGAACAGUAGGACUACAUUGAAUUUUCAUUGUUAAGCAUGCAAGUAUUGUUGCAGUUUCAUUACCUACAACAUUUUAGUCAUUAAACUUUGACAGAAUUUUUUUAAGUGGCAACAGAAAAAAAAAUGUUUUGAUAAUGAAGUUCCAAGCCUCUGGGUUACAUCUUAAAAGCUCUUGGCAGAGCAAAUGUGAUUGAUUGACUGCCCUUUAUUAUUUUAAGAGCAUCCCUAGCGCUUUGCAAUACCUAGUAAGGCUUUUUGCCUCUUUAAGAGCAGUACAAAUAGUUCCUUAUUACUGGCAGCAUUAAAGUGAGGCUGUAAUUAAACUCUUACAAAAAGAUCAAUGAUGUCAUUCUAAAACGCAGAGAGAGAAGACCUGCAGUAUUGUGCAGCAUAUUCAGUAUGCAAACCUCAUGUAUUCUCUUACACAGGGUGGGAUGUAUUACAGAUAUUUCUAAUGUUACUAUGAUGCACCUGGUAUCAUUCUUUCUUUAGCAGGCUGGUCGGCAUAGCACAGCUGAUUAGGGUAGCACUCUUCUGUUCCUGUUUUUUACAUGGAAAGUUUCCAAAUUCUGAUUGUGCUGGCAUUUGUCCUUGCGGAGAAGGAGACGGAAAAAAAUCACCAUAAUAGUUGUGUCGGCACAAAAGACAAGGGACAUCUGCAGUAGUGAAGAAUAUCCAGUGCUUGGAUUCAUGCAGCAAACAUUUAUUACUGCUCCCUCUGAAUCAAAUGUUAGUCAAUGUAUUCAACUUCAGGCCCUGUAACACCUCAAAAGGACUGAAAACUUUGUGCAAGCAUGGCAGAACAGCAUCUGUUCAAAGCAGGAGACUUGAUCACUUCCCUCAUUGGUAGUCCUUACUAAGGUAACAGUUUUGAAGCUUAAAAAGAGACUUUUACUGGUACAGUUGGUGCAGUAAUGACCUGAGGAGAGGAGCAGACUGUGUCUCUCUUAGUCCCUGUUUCAGCUUGCCAGGAUCAAGCUCAGGAUUUGAAACUCAGCAGUAUGAUAAUUAAGCCCUGAAACAUGUGUUUCACCAUUCUAAUUACAUGUCCAGCUGUAGCAUUUGCUUUGCAAAGCGGUUAUAGUUCUCUACUAAUACUGUUUAAAUUGGCAUUUCAUUCUCCUCAUGUCUUUCUGAAAAUAAGCGCAUGCUGAUGACUAAGUUUGUUGAGUCGAGUUUCUUUGCAACAGCAAAAAGGUAGUUCUUGGUUUCAAAAGAAAACUAUGAAUUAUGGUUUCAAAAUAAAUACAAGAACUUUGGUGAAAACCAAUAAUUUCUUUGGUGUUAUUUCUUUGGACCUAAAUAAAACUUUGUUAGUUUUUUUGUUUGUUUGUUGUUAGGUUGGUUGGUUGGUUUUUGGUUUGAGUUGGGUCCGGUUUUUUUGGGGGUGGACAGGUGUUUGAAAUUCCUGGAUUUGUCUUGCAUGGACUUUUCUCACUGUUAUACUCUACUGUGAAAUGAUUCGUGUUUACAUUUGCAGCAAUGAACACUUACAUGUCUUUACACAUCUUUAUGAAAUGUUUCAGUGCAUUUAAGAGUCAUUAAUCCUUCGAUACACGGUAUGUACUAUUAUUCUCAUUUUAGGCCCAGAAGACUGAAUCAAGAGCUAGGUUUAUUUAAACUAGAGAUGAGAGCAUGGUCUGUUUUUCCCCUGUUUUCGUGACGGGGUGACCUUUUUCAGUUUUGUUAAGCCAUUGUAAGGUAAAUUUUAUCUCCUACAAUUUUUCUGUGUAGCCUAUUCUAAACAGUGGAUGAAGACAAAAACAGGAAAUUGAAUUGCUGAUAGUUGUGGUCAGUGAGUGAAUGGAACUAAAUGCCAGAGGAAGGCAGGAUUAGAGCUGAAGGUUUGAAUCUGGCCAAACUUCUUCCUGCGGUACAGAAUGUAAUUGGGAUUUCAGAUGGAUUGGUUGUAGUGUGAGUGUCCAUAAUCAAUGGACCAGGAAAUUUGAUCUCCUAACUCUUGGGACUUGAGAACACACUUCCAUUACACGGUUACUCAUGUAACUCCACCAAUUUCAGACAAGUCAUGACAUUGAGGUAACUAUGGCAUUUAAAGUACUUAAUCCUAUUGUUGCUGGAAAAUAUGAA